UCAUGUCCUACGUGUGAACAAUAUUUGUCUCCUAACAAAAUGUUAGGUUCAGUGAUUUUGAAGUAUAUUUUGGUGUACUCUUCAGACUUGAAUAAUACAACUGACGACGGUGAAAACGGUCAAAGACUUGAAGGGACUUAUGGGUCACUCGUUCCGCAUCCGGUGGCUCUCUCUGAUAUGAGCCUGGCUGUGAUCGGUGGAGACGUCCUGACUGUCACGUUACACUACAGAUACAGUGAGCAACGGCGUGUCAUGCAGAUGCUGUCUCUAACUAAUAAGAACUUUUGGUAAUGGCAUGGUUUUUAAACUUCCACCAUAGCCGAUAUAACUAACGUUACGUGCGUUAAUACUAGAUAAUAGAGUAAACUAAGCUACAUCCCUGUUUAGCUAACUCGAACAGUGCAGUGUGCAAUUAACAAUGACAGUAUCACGAAGGUUACCGUUAGAUUAAAACCAAACUAAACUUGUAAUUGAAUGCUAUAUGUUGUGCACUCAUAUUUAGCUGAGACCCAACAGGACCGCAUACGCAUUUGGGAUAUUAAAUACAUCUUACCUUUUGGUCUUAAUAAAAAAACAGUCGUUAGUUGAUGAAUGUCGCCUCGUCUUACGGUGAAAAUAUGAGGGGAUGUGACGGUUAGCCCCCACCGGGUGGCUGCUAGCUAACGUUAGCUCAGUGUUAGCUAAAAGGAGAAUGCAGUGAAUAGAGUCAUAGCAGUUGUUUCCUUCAUAUUUCUAACACCACACUGCCGCGCAGUUCUUUACGAUGUUUGGGGACUACUCUUGCAAUUCAUUAAAUUGCAUCCUCUCAAAACUACUCCAUAUUAUUCCUUCUUCUUUGUGUUUAUUUUAAGCAGAUCGUAACAGCCUUUUUCUUCUUCUUCUUCUACUUGUCUGCAGUUUAACGGCAGCUAGCGUCAGUAGUUUUGCGCUACCGCCAUCUUCUGGAGCCGGUUAACUCCUACAGUGUGCGUGUUCAGUGCCUUGUUUUCUUACCUAAAGUAAAUCUAAUUCAAUUUCAAUGCAAUAAGCUUUAUUGGCAAGACAUUUGGCAGAGCACAGUUACGAUUAUGAAAGAGAGAAUGAGUGAAUAACAGUAUUAGUUAAAAAUAAUAAAAUAGAUAGAAUAAUAGAUAGAAAAAACAAUAAUUGUGCUAUAAACUACACUGCCUUAAUCUAGCCUUGGUCGAAUUAGAGCUAUAAAUAGGUUUUCUUUUUUUAGAGAAAUAACGAGUUUGUCACAUUUCAAUUUGUCUGUGUCUUAUGUUUAUCACCAUUACAUUUUCAAUUCCAAGUUGGAUUUAUUUUAUUAUGAUGUCUAUGCUACUUAUCCCCAAUCAAACCAUGUGCUUCUUACAGGGAAAAUCUGUUUUCUCUUUAUUAUCUGCAUGCAAAACAUUACGGAGGUUGAAUUGAAAGUAUUAUUUAUUUCUUUACAUGUCUAAUUGAAUGGUAUGGCACUGUGGACGUGUAGAGGAAGAUGAAGACGGUUGACUGCACCUUUAAUACAGAUAUCUGAUUUGUUUUGAUAAGUACACAAAUGUGGUUUAAAGUAGGAUUUUUUAAAUGUUUUUUACAUGAUUUAUUGAAGUGAUUACAUCCAUUUUCUGUCAAUGAACCUUUGUAUUGCCUGCAUAUACAUGCUGCUUAAUCAAUAUCUGAAAUAAUAAUGCAUGUCCUAUAUGUAAGAUGUUGUAUUAGAACACUAGAUGGUUAACAGACAAUAGUUUAAAUACAGUUUAUUGAUGGGCCUAAUCGAUACUAGUUCAAUUUAAGGCGAGAUAAACAGAUGCCUCAAGUCCAUGUAAAAACUCACGAAGAAGAAGCAGACAUGCGCAGAGCGCUUUGAGAAAAAACAUGGCGUUCAAAAUAAUAGCUUGAUUAGCAUUGGUGUGUGAUUAGCAGUCGUCUCGUCCACCUAGUUUAUCCACGUUUACUCUAUCGGGGCCUGAGAGGUGGUUAGUUAACAUUCUAUAAAAUGGCUAACUCUGCCUGGUCCGAAAACAUACUCCAGCUCCUCCGCCGAAUGAAUAACUUCUAUUUACCCGGCUCCUGUCGUUCUAAGUGCUGGAGGUUUGAGAUAAACGAAGCACAAGUGGGCUGGAUUCCUCCACAUGUAGCUUCACUGUUGACACGGUACCCAGAAGUGUUCAGUCCGCCGCACGGGGGCGCUGUGUCACUGUGUCGCAGCUUGGACUCGUACGAGAAGAGGUCCGAGGCUGUGGACGCGGUCCUUCAAACCCUGAGACAGGAGAGCUCCCUAACGUGUCUUAAAGGGUGGAGAGACGAGAAGUACAGUGUGAUGCCAAAAUUCUCCGACCCUCCUUUAAUGUGGAUGGAAAGAGCAGCUACAAGUCUCUUUGGAGUGAAGCGGUAUGGAGUCCACGUCAACGGCUACACUGUCAGUGACAGUGGGGAAGUCAACAUGUGGCUGGCACGACGCUCCCUCACUAAGCAGACGUACCCCGGACUACUGGACAAUGUGGCAGCAGGUGGUCUUGCUGCUGGUGUUGGCGUCAAAAACACUCUGGUCAAAGAAUGUGAGGAGGAAGCGUGUAUCCCAGCAGCCAUUGCAGAGAAGGCUCGCCCUGUGACCAACGUAAGCUACACCUACAAGGAUGAGGACGGGGUGUUUGCAGAAAGUCAGUUUGUCUUCGAUUUGGAAGUUCCUCCGGAGUUCAAGCCCCGAGCAGGCGAUGGAGAGGUCCAAGAGUUCUACCUACUGCCCAUAGAUAAGGUGAAGGAACUGCUGGCCACUGAUGACUUCAAACCCAACUGUGCCAUGGUGGUGUUGGACUUCCUCAUCAGACACUCGUUUAUUGAACCAGACACAGAGCCAUGCUAUCAGGAAUUUGUGGCAGGACUCCAUCAGACAUUAUAGAGCAGCUGAGGACUGAGCCCAGUGUCUUUAUAUUUAACCCCGCUAACAGGGGCUCGAACUCAGGGGCAGGCAACUUUGGAGAAACCGGCACGAGUAGACAACAUUUUUUAAGUAUCCAACAGAAAAAGUCCCUGCCCCUCCCUUUAUGCCUCCCACCCAAAACGAGGAGGACGAGGUCACAAGAGAGAGCUGUAGAGAGGACUGUCGUUCAGCGCUGACCGUAUCAAACCACCUCAUGUCUCCAUGAUGUGCAAGAAAACACGUCAAUUUAUCUUCAUUAACAGGACAUGUUAUUGUUAGUACUCACAGCUGGUAAUGUCAAUGCAGAUAGGUAGCAUCUGAUGCAUUGAAUGCUGUAAAGAAGAUAACAAAUAUAUUACAAAAAACCUACCCUAGCUUUAAUUUAAACUGUUAACUUAAUAAUUACAAUAGUACAACACUUAUUAGAGAGACGAUGAAUUGAAGAUGUAAAAAUCUCACUUUUUCACAAAUCAUUAAAUGUGCACAUUGUUUCAAUUUAUUAAAGGUCUUUCCACAAAAUCCAACCUGGGAGGUUUAGGAUCUUUACUAGGAUUCUAGAGAAGAGUUGGUUUGAACCUUUGUGAAGACCAAUCCACCUGUGAGGGCCGGACAAAAGCGUGAUUCAUGACAAUAACUGAAAUAAAGACAAAGCAUGUGGUAUCUGGUCAUUCUCAGUUACAAUUUAUUUCCUUUAGAAUACAUUAAAAAAAGAUGACUGGUGAAAUGUGAGGAUACAAAACAAUAGUCCUCUUUCAAAUAACCAAUCCUUUAGGAGUUGCUUGCAUUUUGUAUUUCAUAAUUUUUUCAAAGUGUGUAUACCACACUGACAUUUUAGUUUUAAGCUGUGUGCAAACAAUACAACAUAAGGCAGUAGAAUAUCACGUAGUUCAAAUAACAUACAACAGAAAAAGAGGCAGAAAUAAAAGAAUAGUUGUAGACAUCACGAGUGAACAGGCAGAGUGGAAACGAAACACACUUCUGAUAACAGCCUGGCAUUGAGCGACACCAGAACUUUCAAAAUAAAAGCUGGUAUUUAAAUAAUGGGAGUGUCCAACAACAGCUGGACAACAAAUAAGGGCUGGGUUAAAACACUGAGGGUGGAGUUACUGUACUAUCAUGUCUCGCAUGCUUAAAUUCAGUAUAAUGUAUCAGUCACGUCAUAAUCAUAACAGAAAAACAGUUGCUUCCAUGUUGCAGUUUUUGUUAUUGCUGUUAAGUUACUGCCUCUGAAACUCCACUUCCUGUAAAUGUUUCAAAUUAAAAGCAUACCGGUAACUAGAGGACAUCCUAUGACCUGAUGGAAGGAUUUCAAAGUAAAAUCUGUACAUAAAGUGUAGCGUUUCAUUGAUGGUGGCUAAACAACACUAAGGGGAAAAGAACAGCAAAGUGACUAAUUAGUAAGUGGAAACAGCAUUUGUGUUAGAAAGAGAAACUCCGGCAUGAAGCUAAGUGUAGUGAAAGGGAAAUGGUGCAGUAGAAAUGAUAUGAAGACAAUGGGGAAACAUGGCCAAGGUGUUGAGUUUGCAUUAAAAGUCAAUUAAAACGGGAGCAAAUCAGAAAUCAAGGAGGCUUCCUCCUAAAGUUAGCAGUUACUGUUAGGAGGAUCAAACCACUUUUUAACCCUUUAAUACCCAACUGUAUACAGUGCGUCUGACCGUCCACGCCAAUUCAAUCACAGUUUUCUGAUUGAAAGUAGAGGUUAACUUAAUCUCCAUUUGUUAAGUGUUACAUUCAUUAACAAGCUUGUACAAAACACUCAAACAAGUUGGUCUCAUUACGCUCAGACGCCAACAAUUAAAAUCAGCUCUUUAAAUGAAUGGAAUUCUAUAUGAAAGACUACAGGUUGAUAAAACGGAAAGUUGGGUUAUGUUUCCCCACGGGAAUGAAGGAGAAGGAAAGACCAGCACGGUCCCGCUGCAGGCCCUGGAAGUCCCCCCACAGUUAGUUAGGCAGGCAUGCAUCUGGGGUGAACUGGUCUCAACCCUCAAACCACAGCGCUAUGGUUCAGAACAGAAACCCUUCACACCCUCCCACUCCUUUAAAAAGUACGAGUGAGAGCAAUAUUCGCUUCUCUUCGCAUUCUCCUAAUAAUGUCAUGUCUAAAGAAUCCUAAACACAAGAUGACAGUAUUUUCAUCUGAAAGCUAAAAGCUAUAACCUUGUACAUAAAUGUAUAUACUCCCUUUCCCAUUGCAUUCGACCUUCCUUCUUUCCCCUUAAGCCCGGGUUGACUCUUCUCCUCAUAACACCCCGUUCAAUUGUGCCCACCUUGGUGUCGAAGCAGACACGGAGGAGGGAUGUUGAUUUAUUUUUUUUGGCCUGGUUUGUGUCUCCCUCCCCUCCCGAUCCUGUGUGACCGACACUCUAUAGCAGGAGGCAGCCGCCCUUCUUGCCUCGCCUCUUGGCCUGCAGCGCUGCCCUGGUGGCCAUCUCGAACACCUCCCGCACGCCGUCCUUCGUCUUGGCCGAGCACUCCAGGUAACCAAAGGCAUUGAUCCGGUUAGCCAUGUCCCUCGCCUCGUCUGACUUCACUGGCUCCUGUUUGGAUAAACCAAAAUCAUGAAGGGGUAUCAUCCACUUGUAGAAAUCAUUCAUAAAGUAAUAUAGAUCGGUCUUAUAAGUGUCUAAAGACAUAGAAAGGAACUUACAAAGAAAUGAAAACCUUCCCGUUACCUUUCGCUUUCUCUCGCUGUGACAGUUUUGAAAUGGAUGUUUUGAUAUAGUUUUGCUAUUGUUAAACACUUACAGUGCAUCCGGAAGGUAUCUAUUAGAAAUAUAAAACGAAAAAAAUCACAUGUAUUCACAGCCUUUGCCAUGACACUCAAAAUUGAGCUCAGG